CGGCUUUGGAAGCAACUAUCAGGCCCAGUUGGAGAUUGCUCAACAACAACAACAAGCAGCAGCAGCAGCAGAGACUGGAAGCUCCUCGGGAGUCACCAGCAGGACCUUUCAGUGGAGAUUCACCCUCCCACCCCGCCCGCCCGCCCGCCCGCACUCCCCUCCUGGGUGGCGUGAUGUGGGGUCGGCGCCCCGGCCUCCUCUUCCCCGUGGCUCUGCUGGGACUCCUGGCAGGGCUGGCCGACCUCAGCGCGGCUUCAGCCGGCGAUGACGAGGACUACUACAUGCAGGAGCUGCUGACGAGGGAGCAGUACGCCCGGGUCCAGAUGCCGCAGGGGCCCGACCAAGCGCCCGGACAAUACGGCAAGAAAGCGGCCAAAGGCAAGGGAGAGGCCGCCGGCAGGCAGGCGGACAAAUCAUCCAACAAAAAAGCGGAGAACAACAAGAAGGCUAACCCGAAAAGCCCAAACGGAAGCUCGCAAGGGGGCGGACAGCCGACACCAUUUAAAGGCGAGUGCCCUCCCAUGGGACUGGAGACGUUGAAGAUCGACGACUUCCAGCUCCACGCCUCCACCACCAAACGCUACGGCCUGGGUGCGCACAGAGGUCGUCUCAACAUUCAGGCCGGCCUCUACGAGGACGACCUCUACGACGGGGCCUGGUGCGCCGGCAGGGACGACCCGCUGCAGUGGCUGGAGGUGGACGCCAGGAGGCUGACCAAGUUCACGGGGGUCAUCACGCAAGGCCGCAGCUCCCUCUGGUCGUUUGUCAUCUUCAGCUCAUCUGCUCAGCAUUGCCGGCCGAUGCCAUCGCACCAACUUGAUGAGUCGGUUUUAUGCGACGCUUGGGUGCCUCGACUCCCGCUUUCAUUCAACAUGACAGUUUGGGCUUUUUUUUUUUUUUUUGUCGCCGCACAGCUGAUGAAGGUGGUGAACGAAAUGUGCCCCAACAUCACUCGCAUCUACAACAUCGGCAAAAGCCACGGCGGCCUCAAACUGUACGCCAUCGAGAUUUCCGACAACCCGGGGGAGCACGAAGCGGGUGAACCGGAGUUCCGCUACACGGCCGGUUCCCACGGCAACGAGGUGCUGGGUCGCGAGCUGCUCCUCCUGCUGAUGCAGUUCAUGUGUCUGGAGUACCUGUCGGGCAACCAGAGGGUCCGACACCUGGUGGACGAGACCCGCAUCCACCUGCUGCCGUCCGUCAACCCCGAUGGGUACGAGAAAGCCUUUGAAGCGGGUUCCGAGCUGAGCGGCUGGUCUCUGGGCCGGUGGAGCAACGACGGCAUCGACAUCCACCACAACUUCCCCGACCUCAACUCCAUCUUGUGGGAGGCCGAGGCCAAAAAGUGGGUCCCUCGCCGGAUGGCCAACCACUACGUGCCCGUUCCGGAUUGGUACCGAUCCCAAAACGCCUCGGUCGCCGUGGAGACGCGGGCUUUAAUCGGCUGGAUGGAGAAGGUCCCCUUUGUGCUGGGCGGCAACCUCCAGGGGGGCGAGCUGGUGGUGACCUUCCCUUACGACAAGACCCGCUCGCAGGGCGCCACCCGGGAGCAGACGCCCACGCCGGACGACCACGUCUUCCGCUGGCUGUCCUUCGCCUACGCCUCCACCCACCGCCUCAUGACGGCCGCCAAUCGGCGGGUGUGUCACAGGGAGGACUUCGCCAAGGAGGACGGGACCAUCAACGGCGCGUCCUGGCAUACGGCGGCAGGCAGCAUGAACGACUUCAGCUAUUUACACACCAACUGCUUUGAGCUGUCCAUGUACGUGGGCUGUGACAAAUUCCCUCACGAGAGCGAGCUGCCGGAGGAGUGGGAGAACAAUCGCGAGUCUCUUCUCGUCUUCAUGGAACAGGUGCAUCGCGGGAUCAAAGGCAUGGUGAGGGACCUGCAAGGCAACGGAAUAGCCAACGCCACCAUCGCCGUGGAAGGCAUCAGCCACGACAUUCGCACAGCCGCAGACGGGGACUACUGGCGCCUGCUGAACCCGGGCGAGUACCGCGUGACGGCGCGGGCCGAGGGCUACGGCAUGGUGAGCAAGAAGUGCGAGGUGGGCUACGAGAUGGGGGCCACCCGCUGCGACUUCACGCUGGGCCGCACCAACCUGUCUCGCAUCCGGGAGAUCAUGGAGCGAUUCAACAAGCGAGGCGGCGGCAAAGCGCCCGUCAGGCCGCCGCACGCCCGGCGCUCCCGUGACAGACGAUCGGGGACUUAAUGGCGGCCGGAAAAGUGGGCGACAACUCGCGACGUUUGGAACUUGGAGGAGCCGUUUGUCAGUCCCAGGUGACUUUUACUGUCAAACGGACACAUCAAACAAAAGAGAAUUCAACAUUGUGGAGAGCAAAAUCAUUUCAUUGACCAAAAAUCUGCUCACUUAUGCUAAGAAGAGCAAACACCAUAGACGGGCUAACGAAUAGGCGCAUGGACGUUGUGUAUAGUGAGAAGCCAAUGUUAAAGUGUGAUAUAGCGGGGGAACAACGUAAGGGACGUGCUCGUCACGUUUCCGAAAGCUUUGCUCUUUUCUGUAAAUAAUAAAAGAGCCAACGGAUUGCCUGCCUGAUCUCAUCUCACGUAUGUACAUAGAGGGCCCGUUAAGUUAUGUAAACCGCGACAGAGGCAAUGCAAGCGAUACGCGCGUUGCUUCACAUGAAAUAAAGUCCCGAAACUCCA